AUGGAGAAGCUGCAGCCAUUUCCAAAAGAGUGGUACAGUCAAGGACACUUCAUCACCACCAACAAUGAGGGCUCCAAUCAACCACAGACUCCAGCUAACAGUCAGUCAGUAGUCAGGGAGGAUGACCGCACCGGAAGCAUCUACAUCCAGGGCAAAGGAACCGUCAUGACCUACAUGUUUGAGGAAAGGGUGAAUAUAUGCAGGUUCUGGGAUCCUCAGUCUGGUAUCUGGCUGCUGUUGCCUCUGCAGUGGGAGAUGAAUGUAGAGUUUGUCAAAGCUCGAGUCCAGCAAGUCAUGUCAACCCUGCCAGGCCUGGUGGACCAGAAAGAGAUUGUGGCAGCUCUCAGACAGUGCAACUAUGACCCCGAAGAGGUCAGCUCUGUCUACCUCACCAUGUUUGGACAAAUCCUACUGCACGCUCCUCCAAGUGGAGAUCAGAACUAUGCCGACCUCAACUCUUUCAGGGCCUUGUUGGAAAGGGACCGGGUCAUUGAGGAGUUGAGGUUGAAUCUCCAGACCAAGGAGAAGGAGGUGUAUAAUCUCUUCCAGAGGAACAGCCACUUGGCGAGGGAGGUCCGAUACCUAACUGAUGUUGUUCAGCACCUGAACCAGAAGCUGGCCGAGCUAGAGGCCGACCAGCAGCAGUCAAGAGAGAGGAUUCGAUCCCUCCUGAACCGCCGAGCUCCUGCUGUCCCACCUGCUAAACCUAUCACCAAGCCAGCUGUGGACCCCAACCAACUCCGUCAAGUGAGCCAGCUGACCCGUGAGCUAAACAUCUCAAACAAGCAUCUUCGGUCCACGGUUCACCAAGCACUGGGUGAUAUGAAGAAUCAGAUGGAGGAGCUGAAAGGCACCAUGGGGAAGUUGGACCAAGUGGAGCAGGAGGCAGUCAGAGAGGUGGAGGAACUGCGGUCCCUCUAUAGGAAGGAGGCCGUGGAGAGGAAGAGUCUUUACAACAAGGUGCUGGAGUUGCAGGGAAACAUCCGGGUGUUCUGCCGCUGCAGGAAGAGCUCAGCUUCCAGCUCUCUAGAGAAAACAGAUGACCAGGAGGUGGUAGUUGUCCAGAAGGGAAGUAGAAAAAAGUUCCAGUUUGACAAAGUCUAUCCUCCCAGCAGCACACAGGAGGACGUGUUUGCCGGAACUCUUCCAGUGAUAACUUCUUGUGUGGACGGAUAUAACGUCUGCAUACUGGCCUAUGGACAAACAGGCUCAGGGAAGACAUACACAAUGAUGGGCACCAAAGAAAACCCUGGAGUUAACACAAGGUCUAUACGAGAAUUACUACGCAUUUGUGCAGAAAAAGAGAAGGUGUCUUACACUCUGAAGAUUUCCAUGUUAGAGAUUUAUAAUGAAACUUUGAAUGACCUACUGGCCAAAAGCCCCAGUGCUUCUCUGGACAUCAGAGUUCAGGGAAAGUCAGUGUCUGUACCGGGACUGACUCAAGUCGAGGUCCAGACUGAGGCUGACAUCCUGGCCGUCAUGGAGAUGGGUGAAAAAAACAGAAAGAUAGCCUCAACCAAGAUGAACAUACAGAGCUCUCGCUCUCACCUGAUGGUGGUGCUGGAGGUUGAGGGCUCAGAUGAGGUGUCUGGGCUCACGUCUCGCGGUACACUGACCUUGUGCGACCUCGCUGGAUCCGAGCGCAUCUCUAAGACAGACGCUGAAGGUCAGAGGCUGGUGGAAGCGGCUGCUAUAAACAAAUCACUGACAGCACUGGGACAGGUAUUUGGGGCUCUGAAGAGUAAUGCCCUCCACGUCCCAUUCAGGAACUCUAAACUCACACACCUCCUGCAGCCCUGCCUCAGCGGAGACUCCAAGUGCUGUGUGUUUGUGAACGUGAGCCCUGAUAUUAAGGAUGUGGUGGAAACUCUGAGCACACUGCAGUUCGGUUCCACCAUACGACAGGUUUCACUCGGCAAGGCAACACAGAACAUCGUGCCAGCUAAGACCAAGACUGUCAAGCAGAACUGA